AUGAGCUUGAUAGAUGCUAAAUUCAAUGAUACAAGGAUUAUUGGAAUUUAUGGACUCGGUGGCAUUGGUAAGACAACUCUUGCAAAGGUGUUAUACAACAAACUCUCCCGUCAUUUUCAGUUUCUGAGCUUUGUGGCAAAUAUUCGAGAAGCAUCUCGUCACAAGGGUAUUAAAUGCCUACAAGAGCAGCUCAUUUCUGAUAUACUAAGAAGUCCAUAUCAUGUGUCUAAUGUUGACAACGGAAUUGGUGUCAUCAAAUCUCGAUUUACAAGUAAGAAAGUCCUUAUUCUUCUUGAUGAUAUUGAUGACAAGAAUCAGUUGAAUGCUUUGGCCGGAGAUGGUAGUUGGUUUCAAGCAGGAAGUAUAGUCAUUGUCACAACUAGAAACAAGAGCAUUAUUGAUGAGACUGGUGUAGGCUACACGUACCAAGUCAACGAGUUGUCUCUAACUCAAUCAUUGAUUUUAUUUAGUAGACAUGCAUUUCGGAAGGAUUUUCCUCAAAGUGAUUAUUGGAUUCUCUCUCGUGAUGUCGUAUCUACUGCCGGGGGGCAUCCAUUAGCUCUUGAAGUGAUUGGUUCAUUCUUACAUAAUAUGCGAAAAGAAGUAUGGGAAGAUACAUGGAAGAAAUUAAAGAAAGUGCCUGAUAAGAAAGUCCAAGAGACUUUUAAGAUAAGUUAUGAAGCAUUAGAUCAUAAGGGCACUAGUAAGAUUGAGGGCCUUUGUCUGAACAUACAUGAUGAUACAGAAAGCUACAGUGGCGAACAAUUUAAAGAAUUGACCAAUUUGAGGUUCCUUCAAGUGAAUAGUGUGAAUCUCAUUGGAGAUUUCCUCAACGUGCUUCCUCAAUUAAGAUGGCUUCAAUGGAAGAAUUGUCCCUUGGAAUUCACAGCGGCCAACUUUUAUCCGAAGAAAUUAGUCGUGUUUGAUCUGUCGUGGAGUGAGAUUUCGGAGGACUGGAGAGGAUGGGAUUUACUCAAGAUGGCAACCAAGCUCAAAGUUCUCAACCUCUUGAAUUGUGGAUCUAUGAGAAAAACUCCUGACUUGUCUGCUUUCAAAAGCUUGGAGAUUUUUUUGUUUGAAGGAUGUUCCAAUUUGGAAGAGAUUCAUCCUUCUAUUGGUGACAUCAAGACCCUCGUCUCCUUGAAUGUCAGGAAUUGUGAGAGACUGGAGGAGCUACCGGUUGGAGUAGGUAGAAUGGAAGAAUUGAGUGAGCUUAUCUUAGAUCAUACUAAUAUACAAGAGAUUCCUAUUUCGAGUGGUUGCUUGAUGAAGCUGGAGAAACUAAGUGCCUCAUCUUGUAGACGACUAGCUCAACUUCCAGAAUCCAUGGGCUCUCUUGUGUCGUUAACUCUGUUGGACAUAUCUAGGACACGGAUUGAAGCCUUACCCAAAUCCAUUGGUUCUUUGAAGAAGCUCAAGACUCUUGAUGCCUCUAAUUGUGCAUCCUUAGCCUGCAUACCCAGCUCCAUAGGCCAUCUAGCAUCUUUGCAAUGCUUAUUAUUAUGGGGAUGCUCCUCGCUGAGAGAAAUUCCCGAUUCUAUCGGAAAGUUGGAAUCAUUGGCCAAACUACAUUUAGCAAGGACGGCAAUUGCGGAAUUACCUAAAAGCAUUGGGAAUCUGCGGAAGUUAAGGUUCUUGGACAUUUGUCGAACUCACAUAACAGAAUUGCCUGGUGGCAUCGGAAUAUUGGCAAACCUCCAAGAGUUGAGGGCUUCGGGAUGCAAAAAUCUGGAAAGACUACCAAGCAAUAUGGGAGAACUGGUUUCGCUAAACAAGCUUAAAUUAUGCAAGUCCGGCAUUAUAGGCUUGCCAGAAAGCAUUUCUAAGCUGUCUUCUGUCCAAAACCUGAGUGUUCAAUAUUGCCAAAAGCUUCGAGAACUACCAGAGCUGCCCUCUAACAUAAAAGCUCUACGUAUUACUUGCCAGAGUCCGUCGUUGCCCGAUCUUUUCCAACUGACCCUUCUCAAGAAACUCACUCUUUCUGAUUGCCCUGGGCUUGAAUAUCUUCCAAAGCUUCCCAUUGGGCUAUCGAUGCUUUCAAUUACACGUUGUGGAAAAUUGAAAGCGGUGACGGAUUUAUCAAACUUGAAGCACUUAUCUGAAUUGUAUCUUGAAGAGUGCUAUGAGUUAACAGAAGUUGCCGGCGUGGAAGAUGUACAAUCUCUUUAUAACUUUCGUGUACGGGAAUGCCCUAAUAUGUCUUGGCUUGAUGAUGUCGAAUCCUGUGGUUCUUGGAAAGAUACCGAGAACUAG